GAAUGCAGCUUGUGGAGCACUUUCUGGAGGAGACAUGUGUAAACCCUACUUUCAUUAUUAACCAUCCAGAGAUUAUGAGUCCAUUGGCAAAGUGGCAUAGGUCAAAACCAGGCUUGACUGAACGUUUUGAAUUAUUUGUUAACAAGCGUGAAGUUUGCAAUGCAUACACGGAGUUGAAUGAUCCUGUGGUACAACGCCAACGGUUUGCUGACCAACUCAAGGACCGACAAUCAGGUGAUGAUGAAGCAAUGGCUUUGGAUGAAACAUUUUGCACAGCUCUCGAGUAUGGUUUUCCCCCAACUGGUGGUUGGGGACUGGGUAUUGACCGACUAACAAUGAUGAUGACAGAUUCGCAGAACAUCAAGGAAGUUCUACUCUUUCCGGCCAUGAAACCUCAGGAUGAACCUUCUGCUAAAGAACACAUCCAGUAUAGGUUUUCAAUCUACCAAUAUGCAUGCAAAUCUGCCUACAGAAGGUUUACUUUUGUUUUGGUUAUGCAUUUAAAUCUGCCAAGAAACAUGCUGUUGGGUUGGAUUAUUUAGUACGAUAUGUUUUAUUACUGCUAACGGUUUUCUAUACAUGCUGAAAUAUUGAUUUCCUUGCAGUUCUCUAGAUUAGUGGGAUGGAGCAAACCAACUUCUUAUUUCAGCAAGAUUCAUAGCUUGUCCCUGGUGGUUCUCCUGAUCCAAAAUGUGUGGUGGUAUGCAAGAUUGCUUUUGUUAGCGCCGUCAGAUUGGCAGAUCUAAAGAAGAAUGCUGAUGGACAAGAAAGUCUGGUGUUUGCUACUUUAGCUGGUGACCUGGUAGUCCGAGGACUAAUAUUACUAUCAGUUGUUAUGACAUUUUUUAAUUUUUUAAUUUUUUUUGUUGGUUCUUGUAUUUGAAAUAGAGAGUUUAUUUGCAUUGAUGACUUAUUCUUAACUCAGUAACUCUCCAAUGACCAUAUGAAGAUUUCUAGAGUGUGAGAAAUAUGAAAUAUUUUUGUGUAACAUACACCGUUUGAUUUGUGUGAAUGUUUUGUUUUUGCACAAUGAUUGUGGACUAUCAUUUUAUAAGAUUUUACUAUAUGAAUGGGAGUUAUUAUUUUAUAUUA